AUGGGAGCCGGCGCCCACCGUACCGCUGAGCCGAUGCCCGCUGACGGUGCCCGCUCGAGCCUUCUCUCUCCCAAAGAAUCGAGUGGCCCCAGACUAGUUCUGCAACGCUUGAUUCCCUUGAUUCACAUCUUUCCCCUCUUCAGUCGAUCCAGUCAACCGCCCUCAACCACCAUCUCCUCGGCUGUCCUGCCUCGCCACCUCGCCGCAGGCAUUCCCAGGCAUCCGUGCACGCGUGCACACUCCCAGCCUAGUCACCCAAGGCCCGACUUGGACCAAAGCGACCCCGCCGCUGGCCCCCCCCUUGCCUUGGCGCUUAUCGGGCAACCACACAAACGUACUAAUACACCCGCUCCCUUCCUCAACAUCUUCGCCUCCUUCCUCAUCACCCAAACGCUCUGCUCGCGGAGCUGCCGCCGCUGCGGCUGCAGCGCUGCCGCCGCUGCGGCUGCAGCUGCUGCAGCACCUGUCCCCGCCCCAGCUCCCGCCGCAACAACGUCGGCACCAACGCCCAGCCCGCCGCCGCAGGUGAAGAAGAACCCCUUCCCACUGCGUGGUUGCCGUAUCGCCGUCUCUGGUGCGCUGCCCGGCCUGACACACGAGGACGUGCUCGAGAGGGCGAAGAAGCUCGGCGCAGCGACGACCCAGAAUGUGACAGCCACAGUGACGCACCUCAUCACGACGGAGCAGGAGGUCGACGAUGAGACGCCGAAGGUCCGCGCGGUCAAGAAGUUUGGCAAAGCCAAGAUGGUGUCUAUGGACUGGCUCGAGAAGACCGAGGAGGACGGAGAACGCGCCCCCGAGGACGAGUACGAGCUCAAGCCCAAGGACCCCUCUGCCGUUGCGUCUUCCUCCAAGGCUGCCCCGGUCGCUAACGGCACCGCCAAAGCUAACGGCACCAAGCGCGCUGCCUCCCCGGCCUUGCCCGCGCCUCCUGCCAAGAAGAGGAGCAAGAAAGAAGGUGAGCUCCACGACUCAGAAGACCUCGAGCCCAGCGCGCAGAAGGCGACCAGCAAGGACAUCUGCGUCAUGCUCGACGAGGGCGCUCCGGCCAACUACAACGUCUACAUUGACUCGGACCUCACUAUCUGGGACGCAUCGCUGAACCAGACGAACGCUUCGAACAACAACAACAAGUUCUACCGCCUCCAGCUUCUUCAGAACGGCGCCAUCUACAAGACUUGGUCACGCUGGGGCCGUGUUGGUGAGCGCGGGCAAUCAGCGUUGCUCGGCUCGGGCUCUCUUGCCGACGCUCUGAAGCAGUUCGAAAAGAAGUUCAAGGACAAGUCUGGCCUCAAGUGGGACGACCGCUCCUCCGCCCCCAAGGUUGGCAAGUACACCUUUGUCGAGCGCAGCUACGCGCCCGACUCGGAUGACGAGGACGAAGCCGAGGACGAGGUGAAGAAGGAGGAGGAGUACGAAACUCCCAAGUCCAAGCUUCCGCUUCAAGUGCAGCAAUUGAUGGAGUUCAUUUUCAACCCGACCUUUAUGAACGCGACGAUGGCUGAUCUGAACUACGACGCCAAGAAGCUGCCCCUCGGCAAGCUGAGCAAGAACACGAUCACGCGCGGUUUCCAAACGCUUAAGGACCUGAUGGAACUCAUCGACGACCAGAGCCUGGCGCAGUCGCGCUAUAACAUGGCUUACGCGCCUGCCGUUGAGCAGCUGUCCAACCAGUACUACUCUGUCAUCCCCCACGCCUUUGGCCGCAACCGCCCGCCUGUCAACGCAAACGAGGCGAUGCUUCGCCGUGAGCUCGACCUCCUCGAGUCGCUCAGCGAGAUGAGGGAGGCGCAGAACAUCUUAAAGGGCCGCAAGGAUUCUCGCGACAACCCCGCCGAUGCCCAGUUCGAGGCGCUCGGCAUGGAGGAGAUGACGCCUCUGGACCACUCGUCGAGCGAGUUCAAGCAGCUCGCCGAGUACCUCCUCGAGACCAAGGCCUCGACGCACUACGUCAAGUACCAGAUCGAGGAGAUCUUCCGUAUCGAGCGCAAGGGCGAGGAGGACCGUUUCGAGAACAGCAAGUUCAAGGACGUCAAGAGCGACCGCCGUCUGCUGUGGCACGGCUCGCGCACGACCAACUUUGGUGGCAUUCUCAGCCAAGGACUCCGCAUCGCGCCGCCCGAGGCGCCCGUCUCCGGCUACAUGUUCGGCGAGGGCAUCUACCUCGCGGACAUGUCUUCGAAGAGUGUCAACUAUUGCUGCAGCAGCUUGUCAAACGGCACAGCGCUGCUUCUGCUGUGCGAAGCCGAGCUCGGCGACCCCCUGCAGAAGCUCACGAACGCAAGCUACACGGCCGGCGACGACGCAGUCAAGAACGGCAUGUAUUCGACCUGGGGACAGGGCACGACGGGACCCAGCAAGUGGAAGGACGCGAGCAGCGUCCACGAGCGCUUCAAGGGGACCAAGAUUCCCGACCUCAGCGCGAAACCGGGCAACACGGGCGUCCCCAACGCGUACCUCGCUUACAACGAGUUCAUCUGCUACGACGUUGACCAGGUCCGUCUCCGCUACCUCUUCCGCGUCCGCACCUGCUGCAAGAAGGAGACCGCCCCAUCGUCGUCGUGCUGCAAGACCGAGGUCAAGGAGGAGGCUGGGUGCUGCAAACCCGACGCUGCCCCAGCUAGCUGCUGCGAGAAGGAGCCCGCGCCUUCGACGUCAUGCUGCAAGGCCGACGCUGCUCCGGCGGCUGACUGCUGCAAGCCCAGAACUGAUUCCUCGAGCUGCUGCAAGACCGACGCUGUCCCCGCUUCCAGCUGCUGCAAGCCUGUAGCCGCUCCGUCAGCCUGCGCACCUAAGACCGCGUCCGGAUGUUGCGGCCCCAAGCCCUCGAAUGCCACGCACGACGCAGUCCGUUCAGCCUACGGCUCGGCCGUGACUUCUGUCGUGUCUGGUGGCGGUGCCUCCUGCUACGGCUCGAAGGCGACUGAGCUCUCCGGCGUCGACCCCAUCACGAAGGACCUGUACAACGAGCUCGAGGCGUCCGAGGUGCCGGCCGAGGCUCUUCUCGCCUCUUUCGGUUGCGGCAACCCGACCGCGCUCGCGAAGUUGGAGAAGGGUCAGACUGUCCUUGACCUCGGUUCCGGAGGCGGCAUCGACGUGAUCCUCUCCGCCAAGCGCGUCGGACCCACAGGCAAGGCGUACGGCCUCGACAUGACGGAUGAGAUGCUGGAUCUCGCGCGCCGCAACGCCGUCACUGCCAAGGUGGACAAUGUCGAGUUUCUGAAGGGCCACAUCGAGCAGAUCCCGCUGCCCGACUGCUCCGUCGACGUCAUCAUCAGUAACUGCGUCAUCAACCUCAGUCCGGACAAGGACGCGACGCUCGCCGAGGCGUACCGCGUCCUGAAGCCUGGUGGCCGCCUCGCCAUUUCGGACAUUGUGCUCAACCGCCCCCUGCCGACGGAGACGCAGCAGGAUCUCAAGCUUUGGGCGGGAUGUAUCGCUGGUGCCCUCGUCAAGGGCGACUACGAGGAGAAGCUCACCAAGGCUGGCUUCAAGGAUAUCGACAUCGAGCCGACGCGCGUGUACUCUAGCGAGGACGCGAAGGAGAUUGUCGACGGUCAGGGAGAUGAGAAGGACGAGCAACUCAAGGCCAUCGACGGAGCCGCGAUGAGCUGCUUCAUCCGUGCUACCAAGCCGACGAGCAACUGUGGACAGAAGUGCUGUUAG